AUGCCGAUCAAGUCCAAUAAGUUCGACUUCACCAAUCGCACAAGUCGAGGAGUCAAAAUAGGUCAAAUCAUCGGCCAUGCCCUUGAGAAAGAAGCGGAUAAGAUACUCAAGGACGCUACAAAGCACAGUCAGCAGACUAAAGAUAAGCGCAAUGCGCAGGCCUCAAGCCCACAAGGUGAUGCAUAUACGCACAUCAGUCACCUAGAUAUCAGGGCACCAAGCAAGGAGCUUGGAGAUGAAGGCUGCUUCGCGCUGAUCGAAGGUUUGGGCGCUGCACUGAGCAAUAGCACAGCUCGAGUCGGCCUCGCCUUGGAAGAUUUGAAUCUCACAAACAACAACAUCACCACAGCCGCUCUGAAGCGCUUGGGUAGCGUAAUCAGACUUGCAGGCCCAACACUUCGGUCGCUGAACCUUUCCAGCAAUCACGUCAAGGUAGGAACAGCCCAGGAAGCACAGGAUUGGGACGACUUCCUCAGAUCUCUUGAAGGUUGUACCAGACUACGCAAGAUCGACCUCUCCGGGAACGUCAGCCUUGGCUCAAAGGCGAUGGAGAUUCUGGCCAGACUGCACGUGGCAUCCGAUCAUAUCCCACCAGUGACCAGGAUCGACACUAGCGAGACGUCAAUUGCUACGACAGAUGUGAUCAGGCGGACCUCGCACGAUUCAGCAAUCAAGGUACAAUCAUUUGAGAAGGUGCCAUUGCGUGAUCAGACGCUCCGUGCCGGCUUAAGAUCUGUAGCUUAUAUCGUACUGAACGAUACAGGACUGGACGAUUGUGGCGCGCUCUGGCUGUCGUACCUCAUCGAGGACCAUUUCUUUCCAAUCCAGCUGGUCGAUGAUCUCGAAUCAACGCGUAUCGACACUGCAAAUCCGGCAACCCCAACGGACGGGAUCGAAUGGUCAUCGAACGAGACUAGCUUAGGGAAGGAUGGUAUCCUCGUCCUCAAGAAAGCAAGUGUACUGCGCGAACAACUCUUAAAGGAUGGAGAUGCAUAUGACGAUAUCUCGACGGACACCCAAGAUCAAAAUGCGCCUGAUGCUGAAUUAGCAAUCUCUCAGGGCCGUAGCACCAACAUCCAGGAUCCUGCAAGCGAAGAACACGAGUCACGACUUCUCCGAAGCGCCAGGAGUAAGAUACAGCGUGGCAUCAUGGUCAAUAGCGGCGCAAGCAGCGUCGAUCUCUGGCGUGCAGCAUUGCAGGUCGUGACAUUAUCGCGCAUGUUUUUCAUGGGCAUCGGUGUGCCUGCCAGUUUUCGAGGGCAUGUCCACAAUUCCCGGAAGCCAAUCAGAUACGUGGUGUACAGUGAAGAUACCUACAUGUCGAGAUCUGCCUUGAGCGAAAAUAAGACGGUCAUGAGAGAAAGCCAUUCAACACUCCGAACCAAGAAGAUAAGAUAUUUACCGCUCCGUGAAACAGAAGAAAUCUUUCAGUCGUGUGAGGGCGAGUAUCUUCCUCCAAGUAUCACACCAACAGUCGCUGCGUUGGCGCCCAACCCCAGAUCUAAUGGUCGCGAUCGUGCGCUGAAGAUACAUGGUACUCAGGAAAUUACCGAAGCGAUCGACCAACUCGAGGUACAAGAUUCGAAUCUCUUUCUGGCCUACCAGAAAAAACGUUCCCGUGCGCUUCGGGCGGGGUCAGCAAUUGAUCCAUAUCGAGACGAAACCCGUGCCAGCCACUUCCCUCCUGAGCUCACCAAGUACCUCAUACGAUCUGUGCUCUCACUUGGUGAGAAUGAUGCCUUGACUGCAGGACAAUUCGAGAGGGCAUAUCAAUGGGGCUGCAAUCGGACAUCGCUGCAGAAAGAGCUGGAAUGGCUGAAGGAUCACAAAAGCAUUCAAAUCAUGAGAUUGCUCGAGACUAUUGAUUGCAUGGAGUAUGGGCGGGCGUGA